CUAUUUCUUAAACUCUAUACUCCAUUUUCCAACUCCACAAAAAUUUGCAGACAAUGGUGGGCUUUUACCUCGCAUUCUCCCUUCUCCCUCUCUUGGGCUUCAAUGAAACUGAAGUCCUUAAGCUGAUGAGUUUCCAAGAACUAAAACAAACCACCAUUGAAGUCUCUGUAAGUGAAGCAGACAUCCCCAAAAUCUCCUCCUCUGUUUUAGAAGCGGAGAAUUGGCUGAAAUCCCGUGUCAUCUUCCAAUCACCAAACACCAAAAUCACUAGCAUUUCUGUAGGCAAGGGUGUCCUCUGCUACAAAAAGCUUGAGCCUUUAUGGAGCUCAGUCUUGCCGUCUAUCAAAAAUUUGCACUCAGUGCUGUUAAAAUUGGAGAUGACUAGAGAAAUCGAAAUUUCGGUUUCUCUCUCUUCUGAUUGCUUGGAGCAAAACCAAUCUGCUUCUGAGUUUAGAGGUGAUAUACCAAAGGAAAUGCUGAAGCCUUUGCUGAGAUUUUUGCAAGACUUCAACUUGACUUAUUCUAUUGAGAAACAAAGGUACUCUCAGCUUAAAUUUGUCGGCAUGAGGGAAGAAGCAAAAGCCAUGGGCAGAAAGUUCUCUUCUUAAGAUUUUCUUCAUCUUCUUCAAAGAAAUUGCAGGUUUGAGGACUUUAUGAAUUCAGCUACACUCACAUGAAACUGGCUGAAGUUGGAAUGAACUUUUUCAUUAAAAUGCUACUUCAGUGCUACCUCUGAUUUCUUUAUGUCGUUCACUGCAACUGACUAAAUUGGAAAGAUUUCGGUAAUAGACGUUAUGUGAUAUUGUUUACGAAGAGAAUUAUUUAUACUUAUUGUUUUCUUGUUUUUAGUAAGUUAA